GGAUGGGAACACCCGCCUGUCCCAGAUGCACAGCUGGGCCCCUCUGCAGGUGCUACACGGCGACACCGACGUCCUCUUUCCGGUCAGUGGAGUGGCCUCCUACAGCCCUGCAGAUGCCCCCCUUGGAAGCCUGGAGAACGGGACAGGACCGGAGGACCACGUUCUCCCGGAGCCCGGCCCCCGGUACAGUGUGGAAGCCAGUCCUCCUUGCCAGGGAAGCCCUCUGAGCAGCCUGUUACCUUCUGCCUCCAUGCCAGAGUCGAUGACAGUCGUGCAGCUUGUCUGCUACCUCAAGUGUCCUCAGGAGCGUGCCCUCCAGUCCUUCCUACUCUCUGGGCCCCUUUUCCUCACGUGUAAAGUGAAGACGCUUACUUCUGGAGACCUUCUGGGGGCGGUCAGUUCGGAGCCCAUUGAGUAG